UUUUGUCUUCCCUUCACUCCCUCACAGGCACCACACCAGUACGAAACGAUCUCAACCUAUCUUCCCUCUUCUUUCUCAGCUUCUCUUUUGGUUCGGAUAGAUGGGGAAGAAAAGAGUUGCAGAGUCCGGAGACGAAUUGGACAAUCCAACCCUGGAGAAUGUUAAUUCCGAGCCGUCGACAAAUAAAAUGAAGAAGAAGAAGAGGAAAGAAGCUGAACCAGAAGAGCAGAGUAAUGCUCCAUCAACCUCAAAGAAGAGUUCUUCUACCAAUCCAAUGGAGGUAAAAAAGGAGAAGAGAAAACGGGACAAAGAGAGGCACCACGAAGAAUCCGACAACGCGGAGCCUAAGCCGAAACAGAUGGCUUUCGAAUUCAAAGAUGACGAGAAGACUGCGGAGGAUACUUCUCCCAGUAGUAGCGGCGCGGCUUUGCCUGAGUUUCACAUUGGCGUGUUUAAGCAACUUGCCGCUGCUGAUUCUUCUGCCAGGGAAGCUGCAGCUCAGAUGCUGGUUACGGAGUUGCGGCAAGUGCAGAAGGCGUAUGAUGAGCUCGAGAAUAAGGAAAGUAUUGAUGGUGAGUUGAAAUUGGAAGCUGAUAAGGGUGAUGGGUUGAAUAAAUGUGCGCCGUCAUUGAGAUAUGCUGUUCGGAGGCUCAUUCGUGGAGUCUCUUCAUCAAGAGAGUGCGCAAGACAAGGUUUUGCAUUAGGCUUGAGUAUUUUAGUCAGUGCAGUUCCUAGCAUCAAAAUGGACUCUCUGUUGAAGUUAAUUAUUGAUUUGGUUGAGGUUACUUCUUCAAUGAAGGGCCAGGAAGUAAGGGACUCCCUGUUAGGACGCUUGUUUGCUUAUGGAGCUAUUGCAAGAUCAGGAAGACUAACCGAGGAGUGGAUUAAAGAUAAAGAUACUCCGUAUAUCAAAGAUUUUAUUGGUUCUUUAGUCUCGCUAGCAAAUAAGAAGCGGUAUUUACAAGAACCUGCUGUCUCAAUUAUUUGGGAAUUGGUUGAGAAGUUACCUGUUGAAGCAUUGUCAAAUCAUGUGUUUGAAGCUCCUGGACUUCUGGAGUGGUUUGAAUGUGCAACUGAAGUAGGAAAUCCUGAUGCAUUGCUUUUGGCUCUCAAAAUGCAAGAGAAAGCUGGAGUUGAUAAAACAUUUGGAAAGCUUCUCCCUUCUCCAUAUAGCUUGAGUAGCCUGUUUUCUGCUGAUUAUCUGUCUUCUAUUGCCACUUGCUUAAAGGAAUCUACCUUCUGUCAGCCUCGAAUUCAUAGUGUAUGGCCUGCCUUGGUAAAUAUCCUUUUACCUGAUACUGUUUUGCAAGAUGUUGAUCCAGCACCAGUUUUAAAUUCCACAAAGAAACACAAAAAAAGUCGCAAGGGAGAAGAGGAUGUUGAGAAGAACCUUAGAAACUUUUGUGAAGUCAUUCUUGAAGGAUCACUUCUCUCGUCAUCCCAUGACCGCAAAAGUUUGGCAUUUGAUGUCAUGCUAUUGCUCCUACCAAAGCUGCCGGCGAAUUAUGCCAGCAUUGUUCUGUCUCACAAACUUGUCCAGUGCUUGAUGGAUGUUCUUUCAACUAGAGAUUCUUGGCUUUUUAAAGUUGCAGAACAUUUUAUGAAAGAAUUAUCUGAAUGGGCAAAACAUGAUGAUGAGAGAAGAGUGACUGUUAUUGAGGCUUUGCAAAAACACAGCAAUGGGAAAUUUGAUACUAUCACCAGGACCAAAACAGUAAAGAAUUUCAUGGUGGAGUUUAAGAAUGAAUCUGGCUGCAUGUGCUUAUUCCGGAGCUUGACAAGCAUGUUUCUGGAUGAAGGGCAUGCUUCAGAAGAACCUUCAGAUCAGAGCCAAACAACUGAUGACAAUUCAGAAAUAGGUUCAGUAGAGGAUAAGGAUUCUAAUGGGGCAUUAGGAUUCUCUGAUCUUUUGAAAAGUUGGGUUAUAGAGUCUCUUCCGGGUGUUCUAAAGCAUUCAGAAUUAGACCAAAAUGCAAGGUUCAAGUUGCAAAAGGAAAUUUUGAAGUUUUUGGCUGUUCAAGGUCUCUUUUCUUCCACUCUGGGGUCUGAAGUUACAUCUUUUGAAUUGCAAGAAAAGUUUAAGUGGCCAAAGUCAGCCAUCUCAAGUGCUUUAUGUAGGAUGUGCAUUGAGCAACUACAGUCAUUGCUGGCAAGUGCUCAAAAGGUAGAGGGAUCUCAUGCUCUGACAAGUGGUGCUGAAGCAAAUGAUUUGGGAUCUUACUUCAUGCAUUUUGUAAACACAUUACGAAGUAUUCCUUCGGUUUCACUAUAUAGGUCCUUGAAUGAUGAUGAUGAACAAGCAUUCAAAGAAUUGCAGUCUAUGGAAGCUCUACUCUUAAGAGAGGAGAGACAUUCUGUUUCAAGUAUGGAUUUGAACAAGUGUCAUGCCAUGAGGUACUUGCUCAUCCAACUGUUGCUUCAAAUCCUACUACGACCUGGGGAGUUCUCUGAAGCUGCCUCUGAGCUUGUUAUAUGCUGUAAGAAAACUUUUGGCUCCUCUGACCUUCUUGGCUCCUCUGGAGAGGAUGAAUCAAAUGAAAAUGGUGCACCUGAACUAAUGGAUGUGCUUGUGGAUACCAUGCUUUCGCUUCUGCCACAGUCAUCGGCUCCCUUGAGGACUGCCAUUGAGCAGACUUUCAAGUAUUUCUGUAAUGAUAUCACGGAUGAUGGAUUAGUUCGCAUGUUGCGGGUCAUUAAGAAAGAUCUUAAACCAGCUAGACAUCAAGAUACAGAUACUGAAGAUGAUGACGAUAAUGAUCUUCUUGACAUUGAAGAUGAAGACGAGGAACCUGAUGAGGAUGAAAUCAAUGAAACAGCUGAAAGUGAUGAGCAGACUGAUGGCUCUGAGGCAGUGGUUGGAGCAGAGAUUGCAAGCACAGAACUUCCGGAUGCUUCUGAUGAUUCUGAAUCUGAUGAGGGAAUGGAUGAUGAUGCUAUGUUCCGGAUGGAUUCAUACCUUGCACGUAUUUUCAAGGAAAAGAAGAACCAAGCUGGUGGUGAAACUGCUCAGUCCCAGCUUGUUCUCUUCAAACUUCGUGUUCUCUCCUUAUUGGAGAUUUACCUACACGAAAAUCCAGGCGAGCCACUAGUGCUGAAAGUCUUUCAGAAUUUGGCCCAGGCGUUUAUAAAUCCCAAUGCCACCGAAGGUAGUGAGCAGCUUGGUCAACGUAUUUGGGGGAUACUACAAAAGAAGAUAUUUAAAGCAAAGGAUUACCCGAGAGGGGAAGCUCUGCAGCUUCCUUUACUCGAAUCUAUUUUAGAAAAGUUCUUGAAAUUGGCAGCUAGACCAUUCAAGAAGAAGAAAUCUGCUGCCAAUCUUUCAAAGAAGAAGCAGUCUGUAUCCUUGAACCGAUACAAAAUGAUCAAUUCACUCGCACAAAAUUCUACAUUUUGGAUUCUGAAGAUAGUUGAUGGUAGAAACUUUCCAGAGAAUGAACUUGAGAGAACUUUGGAUAUUUUCAAGAGCGUUUUGGCAGCCUAUUUCGAUAGUAAAAAAUCUCAAAUGAAGUCCGACUUUGUGAAGGAAAUUUUCAAAAGAAGACCAUGGGUUGGUCAUCACCUCUUUGAAUUCCUCUUAGAGAAAUGUAGCAAUGCAAAGUUGCAGUUCCGGCAAGUCGAAGGUCUUGAUCUAAUCCUCGAGACAUUAAAGUCACUGGUGCCUGCAAACGCUGAUCAAAGCAACCAGGAAGCAUCAAAGAAAAUGUUGAAAGGCAAGCUCCGCAAGCUCUCUCAUCUAAUUCAGGUUCUCGUGACAAACAUGCCAGACAAGCAGUCCAGAAGAGCAGACGUGCGGAAAUUCUGCAGCAAGGUAUUUGGCAUUUUAUCAAGCCUUAACCUGACAGCGCCAUUCCUCAAAGCUUUGGAACCCGAUGGUCACACUGCUUGUGAAUCUCAACUUGGCGAUACAUUUCUUGCUUUGAAGAAGCAGCAGUAGGGGAAUUAGCAUACCAUCAUACCAUCCAUAUUCAUUGGUGAUACAGAACAUACUGAGAUCUACAGACAUCUCUCUUGGUAAUUAUAUGCUAGGAGGCUAUAAUUAGUCCUUUUUAGAAUUGUUUACAGGUGGCUUCAGGAUUUCCUUCCUGCUGUUUUCAAUGAAGAUUGUCACACUAGAAUAGUUUUGGUUGCUACUGGUUUACCACAAAAACAGUGGCACCAAUCAGAUUUUGAGCUGCUAAAAUGUUUGUACUUCACACACCCUAUGUUAACUGUUGAUUGGUUUCUCCUUGCAUUUUAUUGAUGAACAAUCUGCUCUAUUUAGUACCAAAUUUAAAGAAAUUUAUUUAUUUUGA